CAAAAAGCGCAUUUCUGAGUUUGUGCAUUGCCAUCUGAUUAUUCUUUUUUAAACUUUUUUCUUUUCUUGACAUUUUACAGAUCUACGUUAGAUCAUUUGUGCAGAAGAGAAUGAGUCAAUUUGUUCGUCCCAAAUUCAACGUCGAUGACGAUGAUUUAGAACGGCUUCAGCAAGAAUUCUUUGCUUAUAAAACUACACCUUCAGCUAAAGUAUAUCGAAAAGAAGCUCCACCUUCUGUCGAUCAAAGCUCUCCAAAAAACAAAGGCAGUCUGUUUGCAGAACGAACAGCCACUGCAACGGCACCUGACGUGAGUUCAGCUUCUUCAUCCUCUUCAAUGCCCCGUUUGGAAAACCUUAUGCCGACACUUGAGGAUGCCUCCACAGAAGAUAUGCCUUCCUUGGAGAGUAUUCCUGCACCGGAAAGUAAAGACAAAGCGGAGACGCCUAUGACAAUAGACAACAAAGUCGAAGAGGUUGAAUAUGAACCUGUCAUGGACCCUCAUCCUGAACCGCAUGUACCGGUCAGUAAAAAAGUGUUGGAUUUAACAUCGAUGCUUGGACAAGUAUUAGGAGAAAUCACAGAGAAAGAGGUUGGCAAAGUAACUGUACCUUCUUUGCCCAAUCCAAAUGAAAACGUCGAUAAACCUGCACGAGAUCAUCAAAAUGGAUUUCCCAAGCCUGUUCAUCGUAGUGAAUUUAAAAAGAGAUUAGACGCACAGCGUUUGAAGAAGGAAAAAAUGACGCAACCACGUAUCGACACACCUCCUAAAGUAAGACCAGAAGGACAACAACAGCAGCAACAAUCAAACGGUUUAUUGCUGAACAAUUCCUCCAUAUAUGAGGAUGAAAACAUCAAGCGAAUCGAAGAAAUGUCAAACGAAGAGUUAGCGGAAGCACGUCAAGAGAUCAUGAAUACUUUAAGUCCCGAAUCUAUAUCCAUUUUAAUGAAGGGAUUGAAAAAGGGAAUUAAGGUUGCUUCCGAUCUGCGCGUGGAGCAACAGCAAAAACAGCAAGAAAAUGAAGGCAAAAAAGAACAGGAUGAAUCUAAAAAGGAAAAAAACGAUGAUCUGUUGGAAAUGAAGAGACAGUAUUUUGCAGACGUGCCAACAGAAUACGAUAAAUUAGCAUGGAUAGACGAUCGUUUUUUGACAAAAGAGAUGAAGCAACAGGAAGAAAAGCGAAAAAAUAAGUUAAGGGAAGAUCAUCCAGAGAACAAAGCCAGUGAAGCAGAAAAGAUAUACCGAAAAACUCGCUUCGAUUUGCAAGGGCAUAUUGUUGAUGAUACAGCCAGGAUCCCGCCUCAUACAGGUCUUUAUCAUCAUGGUGAUGAUCCUGAUAAAGCAGGUUAUACUUUGGCAGAAUUGUUUUAUUUGACGCGUAGUCAUGUACCUGCUCAGCGGUCAAUGGUAUUGAAUACUAUUGCUCGAAUCAUUACCAAUACCAAAAAAAUGAUAAAGAAUACAGCAUCGCCUCAUUUUAUUGUUUGGAGCCAUGUCCACACAAUUUUAACUGGAAAAGAGCAUGCAGCUAUUAUCUACUUACGUUCUGCAUUAGAUGAUAAAAAUUUGGCUGUUUUGGUCAGUGCUAUUAAGGCGCUGUCAGCUUUACUAUUAGAUGACGAGCCAUCCUGGGAAGAUACAUUAGCAAAAAUGUCACAAUCCAAUCAAUUCUUCGGCCAUCUGCACCAACCCAUUUUGAAAAGCGGCAGCAAAAUGCUGGAAAGAAAGGGACUCAAUGAGAAGCUCUCAGAAUUGAUUGAUCGUGUUCGCCAAAGUUCCGGGCAAUCAACGAGAAAGAUAGAAGAUCAAAUGGAGGACGCUGAGUUGGCUGAGCGGGACCUCAUUCGUGGUCUAAUACAUAUGAAUAUAUUGGACCGCAUCCGAUAUUUAUUAGCUUCCAAUAGCAGUGAGUUAAUUGAAAACGACCCGGUUUCAGUUGAGACUUUGAUUCGUAUGUUGUUGUGCAUGGCUGAGUCAGGUCAAGAUGUUUGUGAAGCUAUAGAUGAAGCAGAGUUAAUCGAACCCGUUGUCGAAUGGGGAGUUUUUAAGACACAAUGGCCAAUGACGGAUGACAAAGACAAUUCAAACUACCCUAGUACAGCAGUUGUGCGCUUAUUAACCACAUUAGCUCAAGGCAGUAAAACGAUUGCAGAGAAUAUCGUUGGCAAAGCAACUACCAUGUUACGCUUCCUGAUUACAUCGCCAGAAAUCGCGGCUACUGACAGUCUAAAACAAAAAGCAUACGCCCUUCAAAUGGAAACAUUAAAACUCAUUCGCGUUUUGGCUAGCUAUGGGUUUAUCCUACCAUCGUUAGAAGAUUUGCAAGAGCCUAUAAUGGGGUGGUUGCGUGCUGCGAUGAUUAAUAAUAAGUGUUCAACAGAGGAGCGUAUAAGAGCAGCCGCUGCCCUGACUCUGUUGGAAGUUCUUUUGCACAUAGCAGCUGAUCCGCAUAAAAGUGUUCCUGCCCACGCUAUAGAGUGGCAUCAACCUGUUGCGUAUUUACCAGCCGUUACAGCCGUACUACGUGCUCAGAGACGACUGGAUCAGCCGCUCGUCGAAUCAGCCUUGGGCUACCUGAGUGCUUGGGCUUCCCAUAUCGAGUUAUUUCCUCCUGAAGCAGAAACUGUUCGUGAUGUUUGGAAAGCUGUUGUACAAGAAGAAGAGAAUGUAUGUUAUGCAACAUCAAACCAUAUAUUACGUUAUAUACAAUUCAUCAUUGCCUACAUUGCGCUGAGUGGCGGAAAAGCAGAACAUAAAUACCGUGAUCUUAUUCUAGAAGCAAGAGACGAACUGUCGAGGACAGCGAUGACUGAUGGAUUGAAGAAAUACCAUGAAGUAGAUGUACGGGGUCGCUACGCUUUCUGGUUGUGGCUAACUUACGGCAAUAAUCAAGAAACAUUAUGGGUCAACGAAAAUGAAUUAAACAGAUCAGAACUUGAAUGUGCAGUUGUGAGUCGUCAGUUCGGUGGUCAAGUGGAAGCAUGGCUGUCACAAGAGUUUUUGCAACUUUCUUUUUCAAAGCAGGAGUUAGAUGUUCUGGAGCCUUUCUACUUUGAACAGGAAGAAAAGGACCGUCAACUUUCCAAAGCUUUAUUUACAUAUGACGGUAGACCUAUCCAAACACUUAUGUACAAUACUGCUGUUGAUGGCACAAAUAGCAACAGCAAGAUUAGCAACUCUUUCAUAACGAGUGUAUUUAUUUUAUCGCCUAUUGAUGCUUUAUACCAUCUCGAUAAGUCUCAGAUUGCCCAAAAGUCAAGAGCUGAACCGGCCGUAGUUAUUUCGAGAACAUUACAGCUAGCGAGUCAACUUUUCGAUAACAACUAUAUUCAACACGAAGUUGCCAUUAUUUCUCUUAUGAAGAUCUUUUUGAUUGGCGAUAGAGAAGGUAGAAUGAUUGACAUGGUCACCGAUCGAGAAUUAUUCCGUGAUGACAAUGUAUCUAAACAUAUUGACGAAUGGCUGGACUAUCUUUGCUCAUCUACCACUGACUUGCUGGCUCUCGAACAUGCCUGGCAGAUGUCUUCUGAAUUUAUACGCCAGGCUCAAGUCCCAUUUUAUCAGUUUUAUCAGAGUUUUGUCGCUCAAUAUGCCUCAGUUUCCUUCGGACAUCAUGGAAUGGCUCGCCUGUUAGUUUAUCUGGUUACUCAAAUCAAAACAGUCGAUUAUCGCCGCUUGAUAUUCAAUGAUUACAGAGAAAUAUUACGAACAUUGACUAAUGUUAGUCAGAAUGAAAUACCAAAUAUUUCUGUUGAAGAACGAAAGGAACUCGAAAACGCAGGUUUAAAGCUUUCCGAGUCAAAAUAGAUAUAAUUGAGAUUUACUGAGAGAUGCCUGUCGUAAUGUUUAAUAAAUUUGCAGU